UCAGAAAUCGAUGAUCCCGAAACAGUGCCACGCCUCUACCAAGGUGACAUCGCUAUUGAUCCUUAUACCUACAUAUCACUUAGGCUUGGCGUUAAUCCAAUGAAGCAUCCAAAACGUUUGUGGCCAAACGCCACUAUUCCCUUCGAAAUCAGCCAUUUGUAUACCAACAAUGAACGGAUGGCCAUAGAACGUGCCUUGAAUACAUUUAAUGCUUUAACCUGUAUUAAUUUUAAACCCUUUGACGGCGAGGAAGAAGAUUACGUACUAAUUACACCGCCGGUGGAUGACGCGCCCGCCGGUUGCUGGUCGUUUGUGGGUAAACGUGGUGGAGAGCAGGUAGUGUCAUUACAACAACCGGAUGAUAAAAGCGCACAUUGCUUCAACAGCGAAGGGCGGAUUAUGCACGAGCUUAUGCAUGCUAUUGGAAUUUAUCACGAGCAAUCUCGAGCUGAUCGAGAUAAUUUUGUAAAAAUACACUGGGAAAAUAUCGUACCGAAAUAUCGUAAAAAUUUUAAAUUGAUUUCAAAAAAGAAAGGCAAACAUGCUUUCGAUUAUGAUUAUAAUUCUGUAAUGCAUUACGGCGAGUACUACUUUAGCAAAAAGAAGGGAGAGAAGCCCACUAUGACACCGUUACAGCCGGGUGUACGCAUAGGCCAGCGGAAGACCAUUAGCAAAACGGAUUGUCUAAAGAUCAACGAUUUGUAUGGUUGCCUGAAUGGCAGACAUGCGAGGAUGUAUAAAAGUUUCUGCAAUUUGUUGGGACUUUAA